ACACUGUUCGAAAGUCGAAUGAGGCACUAUUGACCGGGCUCGCAAGUUGGGUACUUCUUGUUACCCAAAUUGUCAUCUGGGAAUCGGUCGUACAGUGGUGUCUUUCUCUUUUCUUUUCUUUUCUGCACGUAUCCUUUACCUGUGGGGCAAAAUGGUGAGCGCCAGUUACUGGGUCUGCCAAAACACGGUCUCAUACGCACUCACAAGCCCGUUGCGGAGCAAUCUCCGCUCGCCAGAAGUCUUCGAUUGCACGACUCACCUGAGUUGUCUGCCACGAUGUAUUGAUCAUUCGUCAAAGAUCCACCCUUGAUUAAUGAAGGAAUUCCCCGUCCCUUUCAAUUUAUUUGACGGAUGUCAAUUUCGAACCGUUUAACAUCUGCUCUGCUGUUGCAGUUACACUAGCGGCAAUUGAACAAUGUGUGGAAAUAACGACGCGGCAGAGUUUUACUCAUUUUCCAAGCUUCCAGUCGAACUCCGAUUAAACGUUUGGCGUCUAAGCCUUCCAGCAACCCGAGUCGUGUCCAUUCGAUGUGUCACAAUGCCGCUAUCCGAAGCAAGCGACUCAAGCUGGGGAACGUCACCAGCAAGAAUACCAGCAAACUUGCAUGUCUGCCGCGAAUCUAGGCAAGAGGCUUCAAAAUACUAUAAGUUACGAUUCGAAGUGGCAGGGCCGCCAAAAGUUUAUUUCGAUCCGGAGGUUGAUAUCUUGCAUUUUGGCCCAGCUAGUGGAUUCAUGGCGUCGUCGGCACAAUACUUUACAGUCAUGUGCUUGUGUGGCCCAUCAGACUUGAAAGACAUUCGUCACUUGGCUAUUGAUGAGUCUGUUCUGAGCAACGGAAUUGUCAAGGGCGCCGAGGCUCAUUUAACCGCACGAACCAUUCGUCAACUCCCAUUACGCAUGCCCAAUCUGAAGAGGCUUGAUUUUGUGCGCAACGAGGCUGCUUCCGUCCCUCAGAAUCUACCAGUGCUUGCAGAAACAGAAGACUAUCACCGGAAUUUUCAAAAGUUAGUCGAAAGCACAAUGCGGCGAAUUGCUGGGGAGUCUCCGAAUUGGGAAGUUCCUCCUUGGCGUAUAGCAACGCUGCAGCUGGAACCUGGGAGUAAGUUGUUGUUGGGCAGCACCUGA